AUGGCUGAAUGCAAACCUGCUAAGACACCUAUGCAUCCAACUUAUAUUCAGGAAAAAGAAGAAAUUAGUCAGAAGCUACAAGCCCGUGCUCUGGCCUCUCAACAACCAUCUCACUCUGAAUCUGAACCAGAAGUCACUUCCCCACCUCCUGAGCAUCCAAAGCCAACUACAUAUGAACAACCUCAAACACCACCACCUGCACAACAACCAAAUCCACCUCCUGAACAACCAACCAACUCUGAACCGCAACCAACCCACUCACCAUCUGAACCAAACCCACAACCUAAACAAACAACACUAUCACCUUCUGCCAUUCCCACACCCACAACUUUCGUUGCCUCCAUAACUCCCACACUCAACCUCAGUGUCCCAAAGUCACCCUCUCCAUCCUCCCCAACCUCUGCCAUUAAACUAGAGACUACCCUCCCUACCCUAGAAGAAGCAAUACAGGUUUUUGCAGAGUCUUCAGUAGAGAAGAUCAAAGACACCGGUAUUAGGCUCCAAGAGCGCUUGGCCAGAGAGGCUGAGGAUCGAGCUAGGAAGGAAGUUGAAGAUAAAGCCCGCCAAGAAGAAGAACAACGGGUCAGAGAAGCUGAAGAGAAGGAUGUUGCUGAUGCUGCUGUUGUUGCGGCUGUUGUUGAGGCUGAGGCAAAAGCUAAAGCCGAAGUUGAAGAAGUAGCUCGUAUUUAUGCAGAAAAAGCUGCCAAGGCCAAAGCUGCACUGACUCAGGGGGAGCACUCCAACUUUGGGAAAGUAGCUAAAACACUAAACCAAGGAAGGUCCGAUAAGAACUUAUGA